AUGGAACCAUCAACUGCACCUAAAGUAGUACCGUCUAUACCCGAAAUUAAAUUGAAAUCUAAUCCGAAAAAGAAGAUUCCUUCUCCAAAGGAAUUGGUAUCUUAUUAUGAAUCUCAAGGGAUGGAUUCGCACGAAGCUUCUUUGAAGGUUAUUGAGGAUUUGCAGAAAGCUUUGUUUGGAGUGAUUUCAUCUGGUAGAGGUAAAAACGAUAGGGUUUUGAAUGAAUCUUCUAGAAAGAUGGAUUCGUUAAACAAUAGACUUGCGGUACUUGACAUGAAGUUGGAUUCGAAGCCUGGUUAUGUUGAGACGUUUGCAAUUGGUGUUGUUUCUGGUGCGGCUCUUAAUGGAAUUGGGGCUAUAUUGCCUAGAAUUAUUUCGCCUAUUGCUCAGAUUUGGAAUUCUGUUACUACGGCCACUAAAUCUACACCUCAAUGA